ACUAUCUACCAAUAGAAUAUCUUUGUAUACAGCAUGCGUUCCACAUUGAGCCAAUCAGCAUGUGCCAAGGCGCUGCAGGAAAAAAAAAAUUUGCCUGAUACACAUUAAUGGAGUUUAAUGGUUGACCAUUCAAUGUCUGCCACAUUGGGAAGAGGUAAUAAAAGGAGAGUUGCUAUGGGGACAGCGUCUGCUAAAUCUACUUCCGGCGGAAGCUGAACAAAAAUAUAAAAAAUAGUGAGGUGGAAGUAGAUGGAGUGGAAGAGAGAAACAAGAAGCUGGAGAGAGGGAAAAUAAAGAUACACGUGACCGUAACGAGUGGUGAAUUGUGACGUCAUCACCUCACUCGACACAUCAGUACACCAAUGAGAUGCUACAAUGAGGUUAUAUUGUUGGCCAGGACGACGGAGAACAGAAGCAUCUAACAAGAUGAGAGGGGACUUUAUUUGGCUGUCUCCCUUUCCCCGUUACCUCCUACCUCAGAUGGAGUUGCCUGCCUAAGGAAACACCUGAGAAACACAUUUGGUUUGACCGAGGCGAGUGGAGGCGUGGUCAUACUAGCUACCCUGUCAAUCAUUUGAGAAACUCUGUUGAUUUCACAGAGGUGAAUGGACAUGAAAAUAACCGGUUUGGAGGAAAACUGACAGACCAGUUUGAGGGCUUGUAUGUUGGAGCCAAGAUGGAACGUUUCUGGAGAUAAUGUUGACACAAAAUUUGACUUGAAACAAACUAAUCUGGUUUGAUCGAGAACUUAAAGGGCUUAAGUUGGGCUGGAGUGGAUCUGGACCGAUUUUUUUUUUUUUAUUUAAUUUUUUUAAACUGGAUUUUGCAUGAACUGGAACAGUCUGGCCCCAGUCUAAAGUGAACAACUCCAGUUUGUGUGAUUGGUGGGUCUUAAUCUGAUUUCAGUGCCCAGUUUAAGUUUUUGUAUAUACCUAACAAGCCUAAUUUCUUUUUAAUGUAAUGUUACAUUAAUAAGAAUUGGUCAUCAUUUGGAUCUCUGAGAAAUCCGCCUCAAUUUAUGUGGAUUUUCAAAGUAUUUAAAGUUGUCUAAAGCAGGAUUUAACUUGAGAGACUCCAAAGCUUAGCAUAGAGCUCCCUAAAGCUCAGCAAGGACACAAAAUAAGCCUCUAUCAUCUUCUCGGUUGCCAAACAGUAUUUCGGGGAACCCCCCGGGGGGGAUGCCGCGCAAAGCUAGCGUGGCGGCCUGGGGGGCAGCCCUCUUUAUCUCAUGGAAUGCUAUUCUGCUAAUCUACCUCAUGAGCCGAUCUCAAGGCCCAGAUCCCUCUGAAUUAACAGCAAAUGUGAUCCGGUUGGCUGAAGAAGCAGAAACUGAGCUGGAAAAGCAGAGAGGGCUACUUCAACAGAUCCGUUACUACAGUGGCAUCCUCAAUCGCCGAUCACCUAAACAUGAGGAGCGAGGUAUUGCAGUGCCCCCACAGCUUGCCAAUGUCUCCUCCUCCUCCUCCCCUCCCCUUGUGGUUUCUGACCAUCUUCCACCAGUCAUUCCUAUCCUGGUAGUGGCAUGUGAUCGUCCUUCAGUGAGGAAGUGCCUUGACUCUUUGUUGAAGUACAGGCCAUCACCACAACAAUUCCCCAUUGUAGUGAGCCAGGACUGUGGCCAUGAGGAGACAGGGAGGGUCAUCGACUCGUAUGGAGAGGCCAUAACACACAUCCGCCAGCCUGAUCUCUCCGAGGUGCCAGUCCCGCCAGAACACAGGAAGUUUCAAGGCUACUAUAAGAUCUCUCGCCAUUACAGAUGGGCUCUGAACCAGAUCUUUAGGACGAUGGGUCACCAAGCUGCCAUUGUAGUAGAAGAUGAUCUGGAGGUAGCACCUGAUUUCUAUGAAUAUUUCCAAGCAUCAUUUGCCCUUCUAAAAAAGGAUCCUACUCUGUUUUGUGUGUCAGCCUGGAAUGACAAUGGCAAAGAAGUCCUGAUUGAACCCCAAGGAAGUUCAAUACUCCACCGCACUGACUUCUUCCCAGGCCUAGGGUGGCUGCUUCUUAAGGAACUUUGGGAGGAGCUGGAACCUAAAUGGCCUGCAGCUUUCUGGGAUGACUGGGCAAGACGCCCAGAACAGAGACUAGGGAGAGCGUGUAUUAGGCCUGAGAUGCCCCGAACAAGGACUUUUGGGAGAAAGGGAGUAAGCCAGGGUCAGUUCUUUGACCAACACUUGAAGUUCAUUAAAUUGAACCAGGACCCAGUGGCCUUCACCAAAACGGACCUCUCAUACCUCAUUAAGGAGGCAUAUGAUCCAUGGUUCUUGGAGCAGGUGUAUGGAGCACCAAAAGCCCAGGCACAGGACGUGCUACAUGGCAAAGUGCCUGGAGGUAGGACGGUCAGGGUGGAAUAUACCAUUAGGGACAGCUUCAAGGCUUUGGCCAGAACCUUUGGGGUGAUGGAUGACCUAAAGUCUGGAGUAGCCCGAACAGCUUAUAAAGGGGUAGUAACAUUCACCUACCGGGGAAGGAGAGUAUUUUUGGCACCCCCCAAAGACUGGACGGGAUAUGACCCAUCAUGGACAUAAUGAAACUUUCCCUUCUCCCAGGGUUAGGGAGGAGAGGGAUUUAUGACAAGACAAAUUAACAAUUUGAAGGAGAAAUUUAUGUAUUUUGGAUAUUGUGGGGUCGUGGAGGGACUUGUGAGGGAGGAGAGCGCCAACAAAGUAAAUUCUGCUCUUUAAUGAAAUGGCUGUAAAGUGGAGAUGAACAUAUCAGUCUGACACAAUACCAGAGAUUAGGCAUGGGGCAUUCUGAUUCUUUGUUAGCAUCCAAAUGUGGAAGAAGGCGGUCGCCCGUGGCAUUCGGUUCUUUUCAGAGCCUGAUUUUCUUCUUGUGAAAGUGCAACACACUAAGAUCUGGAUUUGCACAGAUCUUAGUGGGUCGCUCUCUCACAAGAAGGAAUCCGGCUACAAAAAGAGCCAAACACCACGAGCAGGCCGCUGCCUUCCCCAUUCAAAUGCUAAUGAAGCAUCCAAAUGCCCAUACCUAUCAGUAAUGCGUCAUUUUGUAAGGAAGGAGAUGCUUAAUUAAAUGAGACCUCCAACAGCGCAUUGACUAGGUGAGCACACAGUCUGUAGCAUUUUGUCUGGUUUAAAUUACAGAAACUGAGUGCUAUCCUCAGUCUCUGUGGUCAUGAGAGAGGGUUUUUUUGUGUGUUCUUUUUUUUUUUUUUUUUUUUUAUAUUAAAGCAUUGUGCAGUUUGAUCUGGUCUGCAAAACUAAACAAGAUCUGCCCAUUCAAGGUGUGAUGGUCUCAGCCAUUUGUUGACUUGUGCAGAGGACUUUGUCACCCAAGACACCUUUUCAGUGAUCGCCUGAAUAAAGUGACCUUUAUAGCAA